AUGCCUUUUCCCCUUCAGGUCUUAAAACACGAGCUAAAGGGACUUUCUAGGAUAUGGAGCAAAUUUGCCUCUGGUCAGAUUGCCACCAGCUUAGGAUCUUUCAAUUCCAGGGGCUCCUUGACUGGCGAUUUCUCAUCCUCGGAGAGUUUCUUUGCAUUGCUGAUACGCAUUGCAUUAGCCAUUAAGAUUGUUUGGAGACCCGCAGUGAGGACUCGUCUGCAAGUAUGA